GUGAAAGAGGAGCAUAUAAGGAGUAGAGUUGAGGGGUUAUGGCCAAAGCAGAAUCAUGAAGUUUAUUGUUUUAUUUCUAGGGCUUCUUGUGAGGCCUCAGGCUGUUUCUCUCACUCGACGCUUUGAAAGUGAGAAAGUGUUUCGUGUGGUUCCUCAGAAUGAAACUCAAGUGAACUUUCUGAAAGUACUGGCUUCUGAUGUACAGCUUGACUUCUGGCAUCCUGAUUCAGUUCAUCACAUUGUCAUCGGGACAGAAGUGGAUUUCCAAGUCAGUUUACAUCUGGCAAACUAUGUUCUGAUGAAGCUGGAACAGAAUGAGCUACAGUAUGAGGUUUUAUUCCACAAUCUACAAGAACAGAUUGAAAAGCAAUUUGAUGGAGGGAACUAUUUCCGCAAGAUGCACAGCUACACAAAGUACAAUGACUGGGAAAAGAUUGUUGCAUGGACUGAAAGAAUCGCUAGAAAUAAUCCCAAAAUGGUCUCCCGAAUUGAGAUGGGAAAGACCAGUGAAGGGCGCCCCAUGUACCUUCUCAAGGUUGGGAAGGUGACUGGCCAAAAAAAAGUCAUCUUCAUGGAAUGUGGCAUUCAUGCACGAGAGUGGAUCUCGCCAGCGUUCUGCCAGUGGUUUGUGAAACAGGCCACCCACACAUACGGAGAGGACAAGGUCAUGACCAAGCUACUGGACAGCAUGAACUUCUAUGUGCUUCCUGUGUUCAACGUUGAUGGCUAUGUCUGGACAUGGACUAAUAAUCGCUUCUGGAGGAAAAAUCGUUCCAACAACUCUAACAGUGACUGCAUUGGCACCGACUUGAACAGGAAUUUCAAAGCGGCUUGGAGCACAGUGGGUGCUUCUGAUAAACCUUGUAAUGAGAUCUACUGCGGGACCUCUCCGGAGUCUGAACCAGAAACUAAAGAACUUGCAAACUUCAUUCGGGACCACUUAGACGUCAUCAAAGGCUACAUAAGCUUCCAUUCCUACUCCCAGCUGUUGAUGUUUCCAUAUGGCUAUACGUACAAGUUGGCACCCAAUCAUGAUGAACUGAAUAAAGUGGCAAAGGGAGCAGUGGAUGCUUUAGCUACCGUCUAUGGCACAAACUAUACAUACGGACCAAUAGCUGAAACAAUAUACCUUUCCUCUGGUUCUUCUCUUGACUGGGCUUACGACGAGGGCAUUAAAUAUGCAUACAUCUUUGAGCUUAGGGACCAUGGGCGAUAUGGCUUCCUGCUCCCUGAAUCAAAGAUAAGGCCAACCUGCAAGGAGACAAUGCUGGCAGUGAAAUACAUUGCCAGUCAUAUCCUCGCUUCUAAUCCAUGAUGAUGUAUUCACACAUUUCCUGAAGGAAUUCUUUUUUCCUCUCCUGCCCUUUUUUUCUUCUAUAGUUCUAUAGUUAUUUUUUGUCCACUGCAUUCUGACUGUUUUGUUGAGGCUUGAUCAUCUUCUGCAGAAAUGAGAUGUCUUCAGUCCUCUCUAUGCCACCCAAACACAUCUUGUUUCUCUUUGAAGCUGCUCUUUGGUGAUCAUAGUUCUGAAUAUUUGGGGAGGGGUCUAUUAUUAGGGAAGCAUAAAUCAGGAAUCUGUUGAGUUGCUCUGGAGUGCAGGUUGAUUGAUAUGAUCCUUUGGGUAUUAUUAGAAUUUGUAUGGACUGAAUCCAAUUUAGUCCCAAAACUCACCCACUUAUCUAGAAACAGGCAUAGUUCAACACUUGUUCAUGAAUAACACAUAUGACCAUGCAGCAGUGAGUCACAAGGAAUAUCCCCACUCCCACUUAUGAGCAUGGUCAGAGGAGGAGGAGGAUGUGGAGGAAGCACUCUGGUGGGUGAAGAGGCAGAGGUAGAACUGCCACAGCCUCCGCUGCACAUUUAAAAGGAGAAAAGAAAUAUCUUUUAAAUCACUUUUUUUGUUUCCUUUAAAAUGCUAGUAAUGAAGUCAGGAAUCCAAUUUCUACUAUCAAAACCAAGUAGCGGUUGAAGGGUUCAACCACCUCUUUUCCUCACCUUUGGGGCUUCACAAGCUUGCAAUUUGCAUUUUAUGGACAGAAAGCUAUCCAUAAAAUAUCUUUGAAAGGAGAUAUAUGCCUCAUCUGUUGAAUUUGGUGCCUAAGUUUGACCCUUUUCAUAUGAGAACUUGCGGUGUCAUGCAGUUGUGGUAUGUUUAUAUGUACUGAUUCAUGGAUAUUGAAAACAUGUGGAUGGAGCUGAUUGUGUGGAUCAUGUGUGGGGUUUCAGUAACCUAGUGCCUGCUCUCCCAGCCAAGUGUUGAUUCAGUAGGGGAGACUUAAACAAAUAGACCUCCCAACAGGAACAGGAGAUUUGCAGAUAUGGUGCAGCUGCAUAGAAGUAGCUCCCACACUGCUCAGAACACAUGUGAAGGAACUUAGCCUUUAAUUAUGACCUAAAUUGAUAUAUUUCUUCCCUGAUUCUGAUACUAUAAUUUUUUUCCUAUGGACCUGCCCCAAAUGAUACUGAAUCUAAUUCUUACACAGGCUGCAUUAGACUGAUCAAGUCAACAAUCCAUGAUCCUCCCUCACAGUUCCAUAAAAGUUUUGUAACAUAGAUCAAAAUUGGUGUAACUGAAAGAAAUAGCACACGAUUGUACUUUUUAAAAUCUAUGAGUCCUCUUUCAAUUGACACAAAACACUUAGCAGAAAUAACUAGUGGUAAAAAUCCCUUGCAACUUUGUUUUUUGGUUAUGGCGAUGUUUUUCCAGCUGUCCCUCAGAAACAUUUUUAUAUGGUUGCCAUUUCACUGAGUAGCAAAAAGAACUCUGACAUUUAACACUGAUUACUAGGCAAUGAGUCUUAAUAAAAUGUUAGCAUCAAACUACAUACCUUUUUCUUAAAUGUUCUGAACAGGAUAUCGCACAAAGAACAAAUGCUUUGCUCUACUACUUUGAAAGUAUUGUUCCACCACGGUAAAAAAAAAAGUAUCACUGAUGUUCAUUUAAAGCUAUAACUGCUUCGAAAUGGGUCUGCAUGCAUUUGUACAGCUUGAGUCACAACUACCAUCGUAACAGCACAAAGCACAAAGGA